ACAAGGUAGACAGUUGAAUAUCCAUUGGUAUAAAGUUCUCGAGUUUCCGCCCAACAAAGCAAAGCAAAGCUGUCAGACAGACAGACAGACAGACAGAAGGCCCCUCCUAAAUAAACCCACAAGAUCAUCUCCCAAACCCACCAAUCUCUUUACUUUUCAUGGAUUCCGGACCACUCAUGCUGAAUGGCAAUUGUGGGGUCUCUCACAAGAUCAUCAUCGACACAGAUCCCGGCAUUGAUGAUAGCAUGGCAAUCAUGAUGGCUUUCCAAACACCAAACUUGGAGAUCUUGGGUUUAACAACCACUUAUGGUAAUGUUUCGGUGGAAAAUGCCACUCGCAAUGCGUUACUUCUGUGUGAGAUGGCAGGACGUCCUGGUGUCCUUGUUGCCCAAGGCAACUCUGGACCUCUAAAGGGUGGUGAACCGACGAUUGGUGACUUUGCUCAUGGUUCAGAUGGAUUAGGUAACAUAAAUCUACCCGACCCGAAAUCAAAGAAAGUAGAUAUAUCAGCAUCUGAAUUUUUAGUUGAAAAAGUUUCUCAAUAUCCUGGUGAAAUAUCUAUACUUGCACUUGGCCCGCUCACGAAUUUGGCUAUGGCCAUCAAAAGGGACUCGUCAUUUGUAACCAAAGUGAAAAGAGUGGUUAUACUCGGUGGAUCUUUCUUUGCCCUCGGAAACAUCAAUCCAGCUGCAGAAGCAAAUAUAUACGGGGACCCUGAAGCAGCAGACAUUGUGUUCACCUCCGGGGCCAAUAUAGACGUCGUCGGAAUAAACAUCACAACACAAGUCAAACUAUCAGAUGAUGAUCUUGAUGAACUGAGGAAGUCUGCAGGGAAGCAUGCUAAAUUUUUUGGUGACAUUAGUAGAUUUUACCGAGAUUGGCAUGUGAAAUCUGAUGGCCUUUAUGGGAUAUACCUUCAUGACCCGACCAGUUUCGUGCUGCUAGUCCGGCCCGAUCUUUUCACGUACAAGAAAGGUGUUGUUAGAGUGGAGACACAGGGCAUCUGUGUUGGCCAUACUCUAAUGGACCAAGGAUUGAAAAAAUGGAAUACGGAGAAUCCAUGGACAGGCUAUUCGCCAGUUUCAGUUGUGUGGACGGUCAACGUUGAUGAGGUUGUUAAGUACAUAAAAACUGUCUUAAUGACACCAUAAUUAAUGUCAUGAUCCUGGAACAUAUAAAAAUCACAGUUGGUAAUUUGUCUUUGAUUUCCCUUCCUGUGAAGUUUCCCUUGUUUGUUGAAAUGUAAUUUGAAUGUAAAGAAUUCACAACUCUAGCUUUAUGUUUCAAUAUAAUUUUAAAUACAAAAAGAUUUUUUAUGGUUCAA